AUGACGUUGUACACCGUCACCAUUCACCCAGUACGAUUGUUCGCCCCUUUUUGUCGGCAAGGGUGUGUCUAUGUCAUGCUUAUUUCGCGAAAGGGAGUGGAAAUCACGUCUAAUCCUUCCGUGUGCUCCACGGUCGGCGAGGUGGAAUUCAGUAAGGCAGAGGAAAUAAACUCUGCGCGUAGCUUUCAAGUUUCCUUUGAUUCCCCAAAAGACCGUCGCAUGAUCGACUUCUCCGUGUACGACAUCACCAACCGCAGACAUACCUCAAAACUGACGGGAUUUGAGAUACCGCUGGCAGGCAUGUGCAGCAUCCUUGCGGGGGAAUCCAUGUGCGAGAAGAAGAGUAUCUCGUUUAGGAUUGAUGGCAAACCGGGGCGUCUGGAGGUCGUAUUUCGCAUGCACCCCGCCUCCGCCCCACCGCCGCCGCUGAAAACGGCCUCAGCAGGAGGUGCGAACGAUUCGGCGGCGGCGAGUGGAAAAGGUGGUGAGACACAAUCGUCUAAGCCAUCGGGACGGCUUCCGGUCCGCGCGGUGGGGGCCCUCACAAAGGCUGGCAUCUUCCCCAGCGAAACGGAGGUGGUGGAGAUGGACAAUGAUCUGGCGCAGGAGAUCGCCGCCCGCACCGCCCUGCUAUUUCCAGAGGAAAGAGACCUGCAGGAAAAGGUCCGAACGCUGGAGCGGGAGAUUGCGCAGCUGGAGUAUGACACCCAGUACGCGGCGAAGGAUAAAGUGAUCUCCGGCUCAGCCGCCCUCACCGCCCUCCGCGACGAGUUAAAGCACUGGCAGAACAUUUCAGAUGAAAUUGACGCAAAGUCUGCCCACGAGGCCGGCAUUGCCCCCAUUCUCCCCGCCGUUCGUACGGCCCCUACAAUUCAAACCAAAGCCCUUAUUGCCGAGGUGGAGGACCAGUUGGCCGCGGCACAGGCCAAGAUGCGUAAGUUAGAGGCACUUCAAAUUCAUCGCGAUGUCUCGAAUGACGUCAUUCCGCUCCUGGACGAGAUUGAGAGCCUGGAAGCCGUGCUGAUAGAUUUGAAGAAAAACACGGAGGAGGGAAGUCUAGAAAAAAAGCAAGACAGCGGAACCGAGAAAUACGUAGACCAGUGGGAGCAGCUUGCCGGAAUGCUUUACGAUAAGGAGUCUGUGGUGGAGCAACUUAAGCACACCGUGCUAGCACUAAACCGGCUGCAAUUUGAGCCAUAUCCCGCCGGUAUCGAGGCAGGAUUUGCAGAAGAGGCACCGAAGGAGCUACCAUUUAUCCGUGACAAUAAACGCCGCAUGGUGGCCGAACAAAGUCUGGAUGCGGCACUAUUCGGAAAUGAUAGCCCUCCAAGGAAAACGCCGCAGUUGCCUGCUGCUAACAGUGGCAGACAUGUAGAUUUGUUAGAUGACCUUUUCGGUGGCCCACCGCCACCUCAGCCACCCACCGCACAACCGUCGGAACAGGCAGCACUGACAACGACUGGCGCUGAACUACUUUCCGUGCAGCCGUCUCAGGACCCUGUAGAGACAUACCACCCACCCGUGGCGGCAACGGUGGUCCCUGUAUGGGCACAACCUCCACAGCCACCGUCAGAGCAGCAGCAGCAACAAGAACAGCGAGAACAGCAAUCAGCGCCGGAGCCCCUGACCUUGGAAUCAGCAGCGGCAAGCAAUGUGAUGAACACGGAGAGGGUUCCAGGCUCCGAAAACAAGCAGUCGGCCCCAUCAUCACCUUCAGCUACAGGAUCAACGAAACAAAUUGUGCAACCAGGUGGACCACAAAACGGGGACACAUCUGCAUCAGCUGAUAUUUCAGCGACACCGGCAGCCACGGUGUCAGGCGAGCAAUGGCCGAUCCCUCAGCGCUCUGGAGAAGGCGACCUGCCAGCACUUGCUGCAUCGCCACUCGAAUCCCAGCCACAACAAACCGCAUCAGAGCCAUACUCACCGAUUCAGCAGGCACAGGGACAGAGUGCACAACAAAGUCCUCAGAACUAUGCUUCACUGCAGGCACAGGGACAGAGUGCACAACAAAGUCCUCAGAAUUAUGCUUCACUGCAGGCACAGGGACAGAGUGCACAACAAAGUCCUCAGAAUUAUGCUUCACUGCAGGCACAGGGACAGAGUGCACAACAAAAUCCUCAGAAUUAUGCUUCUCGGCAAGUCGGGCAGCCUCAACAGCAGGUGGCUCCAUCAGAAGCCCCUGUUCCUCCUUUUGUGCGUCGUCCGGCUACAUUAGAAGAAAUUCCCUACACUAAUUUUUACAAUAUUCCUUUGAUGGGUCGCGCGUGUCCUUUGGAUAUAUACUUGGAUGGGAAAACUCCCACGCGCGGUACGGAGUUAAGUAUAUUGAACAACUCCGAUUACGAUUUUAUUAUUGGCGGUGUGGAACUCAAACAAGAGGACAUGCUCUCACCAUCUCCUGACAGCACGCGCACGGUGCCUACACGUCGAUGGCCGCAGCAGUUGUGCGUUCCGGGUGGUGGAAGUCGCGCCACUUGUAUAAUUGCAUUGCAUCCAAGCUUUCCACGGGCUUCUUCUCUCCUUAUGUUAGUAGUAGUUUACAUAUUUUCUAAUGGCCGUUACACCCCAUACGCAGCUCGGUUUGCUGUUUAG